AUGUUGCGAGAAGACAUCCUUUUUGGCUUCUUCAAACUGCUACCAAUUCACAUUAUUGUUCGGGCUUGUCAGGGUCUUGCUUUUCAGGAUCUUCCUCCUCUUCCUCUUUCUUUUCUUCUUCUUCCUCCUCAUCUUCUUCUGGAGGAUCAGCUGGCAUUGGCGGUGGUUAUACCCAAACCUUCCCGGCAUGGCCAACAACAUGAUGAGAUUCCCAAGUCACCAGAAGCAGAUGACAAGGCUUUUCUUCAGAAGAAGAAGGAAGAGGAGAAGGCUCUGAAGGAGCUUAAAGCAAAGGCUCAAAAGGGAGCACUUGGAGGUGCAGGGCUGAAGAAAAGUGGAAAGAAAUGA